AACGGCAGUGCAUAGACAUCACACUGCUAACAUCUGAUUCAAUGUUAGUUUUAGAACGCUUGCCUUCCUCCUACAGUUAAUGUGCGUCUAGUGGGAACCAGAGGAAGCUACACGUUGUUGUCGCGGGAUAGUGUUUUGGUCUCCAGGAAGCAGCACCUGAGUAUGCGGAAAGAUUUGCGAUAUUCUUUUAUUUGCAAAUAGUUUGUGGGGUUGCUUGUCUUUUUAUUUAAGGAUUCGUUCUUGGGGGUGCUGUGGCUGUGAGCGAACUUUUGUUAUUUUUUUUUUUGGAUGCUAUCUUUCUCCUGGGUGCUGCAUUUCAAUCCACGUAGCCAGACCUGUGAUGGGGAAAUAGACAGGCAAGAGAUCCAAGGGAUGUGAAGUCUGCCGGGGUCAUCUUCCUUAGGUUUAGUGUCAGUAGGAGGGAACAUGGACUUCUCCAAGUUUCUGGAUGAUGACUUUGAUGUGAAGGACUGGGUGAACGGGGCCUUUAAAACUGUCCAGAAGGACGCACCUGGCGUGGACGGCCACGCUGCAACUCUGGUCAUGAAGUUACAGCUUUUCAUACAAGAAGUCAAUAAUGCCAUUGAAGAGAGCAGUCACCAGGCCCUGCAGAACAUGCCCAGAGUGCUGCGUGACGUACAGGCCCUGAAACAGGAGGCCUCCUUCCUCAAAGAGCAGAUGGUCCUUGUGAAAGAGGACAUAAGGAAGUUUGAACAGGACACAGUGCAGUCCAUGCAGGUUCUUGUGGAAAUCGACCAGGUUAAAUCGAGGAUGCAGGAUGCUGCAGAGGCACUCCAAGAAGCAGACAAGUGGAGCACACUGAGUGCCGAUAUCGAGGAGACGUUCAAAACACAGGACAUAGUCGUGAUCUCUUCCAAGCUGACGAGCAUGCAGAGCAGUUUAGCCAUGCUGGUAGAUACUCCUGAUUAUUCAGAGAAAUGUGUUCACCUGGAGGCCUUGAAGAACAGACUGGAGGCUAUGGCCAGCCCUAAGAUCGUUGCCACUUUCAAUUCACAGUCUCUAGAGCAAGCCAAGGUGUUUGUGAAAGUGUUCAUGGAGAUUGACAGGAUGCCGCAGCUCCUCACCUACUACUACAAGUGCCACAAGGGCCAGCUGGUGGCUGUUUGGCAGGAGCUGUGCCAGAGCGAUCUGAGUCUGGACAGGCAGCUGACAGAAUUCUACGACACACUACUGUCAACGUGGCAUUCACAGCUUCAGUGGAGCAGCCAGGUAUUUAAAAACCCUUAUGAGAUUGUGACGGUUCUUCUAAUUCAGACCCUUGGGACCAUGGUGCCUUCAAUCCCAGUGUGCCUCAGCACAGCAAUGGAGAGAGCCGGACAGGAAGCCAAGCUCCUGACCCUGCUGGAUCUCUAUGAGUUAGCUGCUCACUUUGCUAAGGGACUAGAAGCCGCCAUGUUACCUCACCUUGGUGAAAGCAACGUGCUGAAAGUUGGGGAGUUGGUCACUGCGGUGUACGGACCUUAUAGACCAUACCAGCUUCAAUACGGAGAGCUGGAGGAAUCCAACCUGCUCAUUCAGAUCAGUGCUGUGCCGCUGGAACGUGGGGAGGUGAUAGACUGUGUGCAGGAGUUAAGUCACUCUGUCAACAAGCUCUUCAGCCUGGCCUCUGCAGCCGUGGACCGAUGCAUCAAGCUGACGGAUGGCCUGGGGGUGUGUGGGCUGCUCAAAGCGCUGAGGGCUCUUUUUACAAAGUAUGUUUCGGACUUCUCUGGCACGCUCCAGUCUAUACGAAAGAAGUGUAAACUGGAAGACAUGCCGAACGGUUCCCUGUUUCAAGAAGACUGGACGGCUUUUCAGAACUCUGUUAGAAUAAUAGCAACUUGCGGUGAACUACUAAGGCAGUGCGGAGCUUAUGAGCAGCAGUUGGCAAACAGGUUCCUGUCGACAGCAGGGAGAUAUUUGUCUGAUUCAUACAGCCCCAGCAGCCUGACUGGGAUUCAAGAGGCCAGUGCUGUAGACAGAAGGAGCUCCACUCGAAACCCGUGGCAGGAGUACAAUUACUUGCUGAAGGGAAACGUGGCUGAGUAUGCCAGCCUGAUGGAAAUGCUCUAUAACUUAAAGGAGAAAGGGACAGGAAACUCAAGCCUGCUAGCUGAGCCUCGCUCUGCGCUGACCCGUCUGAACCAGCAGGCACACCAGCUGGCCUUCGACUCGGUCUUUCUGCGCAUCAAACAGCAGCUCGUCCUGGUUUCAAAGCUGGAGAGCUGGAACUCCAGUGGCAGUGGGGAGACUCUUACGGAGGCCCUGCCCACGUUCAGCCUGUCCCCCCUUGAAUACAUCACCAACAUUGGUCAGUAUAUCAUGUCCUUGCCUUUACAUUUGGAGUCCUUUGUCACCCAGGAAGAUUCAGCCCUGGAGCUGGCACUACAUGCAGGGAAACUGCCAUUCCCUCCAGAGCAAGGUGAUGAUUUACCAGAACUGGACAAUAUCGCAGACUACUGGGUUGGAUCAGUUGCCAGAGCGACGAUGCAGACCUACUGUGAUGUUAUUCUGCAGAUCCCAGAACUCACUGCACACUCCACCAAACAGCUGGCUACUGACAUAGAUUACCUGAGUAAUGUGAUGGAUGCAUUGGGCUUACAGCCGUCACGCAUGCUGCAGCAGAUUGUAACUCUUCUGAAGACCAAACCGGAGGACUACAGACAAACAGCAAAAACCCUGCCGAGAAGACUGGCCUGCACUUUUGCAGCAAUGAGGGGCCUCGAUUAUUAGGCUUUGCAGGACAAAGCGGGAGGAAGGCACACUUUUUAAAAUGUAUUUUCUUAAUAUUAACUGAAUGUCUGCCGUUUCCCUUUUGUAUUGAUUCGAUUGUCAGUUAUGUGCAUAACUGUUACAAAUAAAAAACAAACUCCCCAAAUUUGACAUUUUAUUCAAACCAAAGAUCAGC